GCACCACAGACAACCAGGCUAUCGCUCGGAUCCAGACCAUCCUCGGAGUUCCUCGGCGAGGAGCGCUCGCGAAUCUCAAUCAUACACUGCCACGCUACUCCUUUGCCGGGUAUCGACGACAACCUAUUUCCAUUCUAUUCAGAAGAGAAUGACAACGACGGGGAGGAGAUUCUCCCACAAUCUCUGACGAAAGAAUGGGAGGAAAAGGUUCGGCUUUCACAGGACUGUCCCUCUACCACCGGCACUGUAAUGAGGAAGGUGACAGAGUUGACGGACGAAGAGAUGUGCAAGAGGAGCAGCGUACCUUCGGUAGCAUCUCAGAUUUCCUACCACGACGACCACUGCCGCCGCCACGAUUCCAUCAGAUCCUCAAUCACCCUGACCAAUGGGCCACGCCCGCCACCGAUCCCCCGACGGGUAUCUUCUCUACGACAACCCGGCGCCGUGUACGUGAUCCCUCGUGGAGAUCCAAUCUCGCCCGCGGAGAUCCAGCGCGCGUUUCCCCUCGCCAUGAAGAGAGUCCCAUCACACACCGUCUCAGACUCACACACCCUCUCAAAAACAGACGACGAAGAAAAGGGCGGCUUCCCAUCACCGCAGUCCGAGUCCGCAUCAAUCAUCUCGUCCAUCUUCGCCCCGCCGCUUCGGCACCUGGCAAGUCACCCGUCUCUCCACGGGUCCAAAUCGAGUGACACGCCGCGGGGGAGGGGGCAGCAGCGCCCUACUCCCGUCACGGAGCAAAGACACCCCGGCAAGGCCGACGCCCGGAUCAGUCGCUUCACGAAGCCAUUUGAGCCGGAUAUUGACGAGGUUAAUGGCGAGGACCACUUGCACCAAGUGAGGCAUAUCCAUAUGACGAGGGCGGAGAAGCACGGCACCGUAUCAUCGUCAUCGAAUGUGGAGGUUGAAGGGGAGCAGUGGGUUGAAGGAUGGCGGCUCACCGUUCUAGUGGCUGGGAUCUGUCUCGCGGUCUUUUCCAUCUCGGCCGAUCGAACUCUCCUUACAACCGUGAGCAAUCAUCUCGUUUAUUG